GUCUGAAUGGACUUUGUCAGCGAGCAGGUCUCCCUGUUUCAUCCGGCGUAUUUAUGGUUUAACUCUCUUUAUGAACAACGGCAAAUAACACAUAUCCACUAUGGCUUCUCGAGCAGGUCCGAGAGCAGCAGGUACCGAUGGAAGUGACUUCCAGCACCGAGAGAGGGUCGCCUCGCACUACCAGAUGAGCGUUGCUCUGAAGUCUGAAAUCCGUAAACUCAACAUUGUCCAUGUGCUGAUCUGGUUGCUGAUUGCAGCUCAGGUGACCGUGAGCCUGCUGGGCCUGGUGUCCUACAAGGUCGUAGCCUCUCCGUACCAGUGGGAGUACCCGUACCUCCUGAGCGCCAUCCCCACGGUCUUCAGCUUCUUGGCGCUGCCUCGCAACAACAUCAGCUACUUGGUCACCUCCAUGAUCGGCGGCGGGCUCUUCUGCGUGGCCCCGCUGAUCUACGGCACCAUGGAGAUGUUCCCCGUGGCGCAGCAGCUGUACCGGCACGGCAAAUCCUACCGCUUCAUCUUCGGCUUCUCUGCCGUGACGGUCAUGUACCUGGUGAUCGUCAUCGCCGUGCAGGUGCACGCCUGGCAGAUCUACUACAGCAAGAAGCUGCUGGACCAGUGGUUCACCAGCAUGGAGAAGAAGAAGACAUGAGUUAACCUGAAGCUCAGUGCUGACACCUUCUGCUUUUAUUGGAAGGCAGCCGAGACUUUCUUUUCUAUGCACAAUUAUCGUUAUUAACUUGUUCAUUGUUGAAUCCAAAAAUAAAAUGUUAACGUGU